CCGGACCAAAAGCUGUUAAAUUCUUAGGCAGGGUUUAGAGCUUAAAGUAGAAGUUGAAUGACUGGCCUGUCAGUCCCUAACUCUUUGUUAAUUGUUCGUAAGCACAGGGAUUAAACACUUACAUGAUUAGUUCAUGUUCAGGAAUUUUUAUGUAAAAUGUCAUUGAGUCCCAGAAAGGUUUUGGGGAAAAGCAGUGUUAGUGAUCAGAUAAAUUUGGGCGACCACAUAGAUUGUAACUUCGAAUAUUUAAUUAUAUUCUUUCUUAUAUACUAGUUUUACUUAUAUUAAAAAUGUGACAAAGUCUUAGAAACAUACUUUUAUUCUCCUGGGUGGUAGUCUCGGUUUACAUCUCUGGUCUGAAAGCUCUGAAAAUGUAAUGUUAUUCAGCAGUAUUUUUGCCCUUGUAUUUUGCCCUUGAUAGAGAAAAAAAAUUACUUGUCUCCUAGAUAUAGAGUUAAUAUGCAGUUAUUUUCCUGACACUUUUGAAAACAAUAACGACAAAAGCCUUCUCUUGGUAAACUGGUCUUUGACUAACCAUUCCUUAGUCUCCUUAUUCUAUCCUUCUGAGUUCCUGUUAGUGCUUCUCCUUAUCAUUGUUGCCUUCUCCUUGUCCUUGUUGCUUUUGUUCUUGUGAAAGGUGUGACAGCUUCUGUGGCUUAUGCAUUUGUCUUAGUUGCUGCUUUAUGUAGUCUACAUUUUGAUGGUGGUUUUAUCUUUCUGAAUAAUAACUAAUCAAGUCAUCUGUCACUUAGUUAUAAAUUUUAUAGUUUUUUUCCCCUUUGGAUGUAUUUUAAAUUUAGAUGUUUUAGUUUAGUUUUGUUUCUGUUUAUCUUCACACCAGGUCUUUUCUGUGCUUUAGGUUGACUCUUCACCACACUGAAAUCAUUAGGAAAAAUCCUUGUGGUUAACAGCAGAGGCUUCAGAGUGUAACCUGUACUCGGGCCUAGAAAUUAUUUUAAAUGGCGACUGAUACGUCUCAAGGUGAACUCAUCCAUCCUAAGGCACUCCCACUUAUAGUAGGAGCUCAACUGAUCCACGCGGACAAGUUAGGUGAGAAGGUAGAAGAUAGCACCAUGCCAAUCCGUCGAGCUGUGAAAUCUACUCGAGAAACUCCUCCCAAAAGCAAACUUGCUGAAGGAGAGGAAGAAAAGCCAGAACCAGACAUUAGUUCAGAGGAAUCUGUCUCCACUGUAGAAGAACAAGAGAAUGAAACUCCACCUGCUACAUCUAGUGAGGCAGAGCAGCCAAAGGGGGAACCUGAGAAUGAAGAGAAAGAAGAAAACAAGUCUUCUGAGGAAACCAAAAAGGAGGAGAAAGAUCAGUCUAAAGAAAAGGAGAAGAAAGUGAAAAAAACAAUACCUUCGUGGGCUACUCUUUCUGCCAGUCAGCUAGCCAGGGCUCAAAAACAAACACCAAUGGCUUCCUCCCCACGUCCCAAGAUGGAUGCAAUCCUAACUGAAGCCAUUAAGGCAUGUUUCCAGAAAAGUGGUGCAUCAGUGGUUGCUAUUCGAAAAUAUAUCAUCCAUAAGUAUCCUUCUUUGGAGCUGGAGAGAAGAGGCUAUCUUCUUAAACAAGCUCUGAAAAGAGAAUUAAAUAGAGGAGUUAUCAAACAGGUAAAAGGAAAAGGUGCUUCUGGAAGUUUUGUUGUGGUUCAGAAAUCAAGAAAAACACCUCAGAAAUCCAGAAACAGAAAGAAGAGAAGCUCUGCAGUGGAUCCAGAACCACAAGUAAAAUUGGAGGAUGUCCUCCCACUGGCCUUUACUCGCCUUUGUGAACCUAAAGAAGCAUCCUACAGUCUCAUCAGAAAAUAUGUGUCUCAGUAUUACCCUAAGCUUAGAGUGGACAUCAGGCCUCAGCUGUUGAAGAAUGCUCUGCAGAGAGCAGUAGAGAGAGGCCAGUUAGAACAGAUAACUGGCAAAGGUGCUUCGGGGACAUUCCAGCUGAAGAAAUCAGGGGAGAAACCCCUGCUUGGCGGAAGCCUGAUGGAAUAUGCAAUCUUGUCUGCCAUUGCUGCCAUGAAUGAGCCGAAGACCUGUUCUACCACUGCUCUGAAGAAAUAUGUCCUAGAGAACCACCCAGGGACCAAUUCUAACUAUCAAAUGCAUUUGCUGAAGAAAACCCUACAGAAAUGUGAAAAGAAUGGGUGGAUGGAACAAAUCUCUGGCAAAGGGUUCAGUGGCACCUUUCAGCUCUGUUUUCCCUAUUACCCCAGCCCAGGAGUUCUGUUUCCAAAGAAAGAAGCAGAUGAUUCUAAAGAUGAGGAUGAAGAUGAAGACGAAGAUGAAGAUGAAGAGUCGUCAGAAGAAGAUUCUGAGGAUGAAGAGCCACCACCUAAGAGAAGGUUGCAGAAGAAAACUCCAGCCAGGUCCUCAGGGAAGGCUGUACCCAUGAAACAGAGAGGGUCUAAGCCUGCACCUAAAGUCCCAGCUGCCCAGCGAGGGAAAGCCAGACCCCUCCCCAAGAAAGCCCCUCCUAAGGCCAAAACUCCUGCCAAGAAAGCCAGACCCUCGCCCUCAGUUAUCAAGAAACCUAGUGGUGGCUCUUCAAAGAAGCCUGCAGCCAAUGCAAGAAAGGAAGUAAAAUUGCCUGGCAAGGGCAAAUCCACCAUGAAGAAGUCUUUCAAAGCGAAAAAGUAAAUUUCAUAGGAAAAAAGGGUAUCAUGAUGAAAUUCAAAAUCUUAUUUUCUAAGGUCAGUGUGCAUUUGUUUUAGUUUUGAUGCUUUUAAAAUUACAUGAUUUUCCUCUCUCGGGAGGGAAUAUAAAUACACCAGUGUAGGCAUUUGUUAGCUUUAGGUGCUGUUCUUGGUGCCCUCCUUCUCCCUCAUCAUUUUAAUUUCUGCAAUAAUCCCCGACUUUUCCUAAACUACGUAAUCUAUACUUGUCCUUUUUGCUUUCCCUACCCCCAACUCCCCCCCCCUUUUUUUUUAAGGUCAGCUUUGCCCUUUUUUUCCUUCCAGUUUUAUCUAAGCAAUUACAAAGAUUUUUAUAUUUGUAGAAAGCAUCAAGAACAGUAUGCUGGUCAGGUGCUGGAAGUAAAUAGGCAGUAUAGCACUGACUGAGUUGUAAAGCCUCCUGCCUGAAGACUUCAGUUAUAGUUAUAAUAAUUCAUCUUAUUUAUAAAAACCACUCCACUAACCCUUUCUCUCCAACUAUAGAGAAACAGACGUCUUAGCUUUGGGAAUAGGCCAAAACCAGUAUGAUCUCAUUAGAUUUUUAAGAUGUAUGACUCCUUUGGGCCACUUUUCACAUUGAUCAAUUUCCAGGUAUUUUUCACUGGCCCAGAGUAUUGCAUUCCCUACCAGCAAGCACAAGUUCUCUAUACCACUUGGUUUUUGACUGAAGGGGAAGUAUAGAAAUAUAUUGAAUCUGUGAUUUCUGGUAUCACCUGUGUUACCAAAAAUCAAAACAAAUCUUGAUCAAAUGUUGAAAUAUAUUUUUUAAUAUUUGGAGCAUGAAUUGUGUUGCUUCCUGUUUGCCUUUUUUAAUAAGGAAAUGUUGGAGAGUUACAUCAAUGCUAAUGUAGAAACGUUGAGUGGAAAAACAUACAAUAUGCUAAAAUAAACUAGAUUUCACAUUCAUCUGUGGGUUCUUUUCCCCUCCUUUCUUUCCACAGUACUUUUGAUAUCAAGCAAGUGGCUUCCUUUUUGAGAUAUUAAAAAAAAAGGUAAAAAGCAAAUGAAGCCCAACUACCUAACCCUUUCUUAUUUGUAUUUGUUUUAGUAUCGUGAAGUUGUGUUAAAUAGUACUAGCUUUCUACUUGAGAAAUACUGAUUUCUGGUUAUCAUAUUUCUCUUCCCUGUGGCACUUGACAUUUUAAUUGUCUUAAAGUUUUUGGAGUACAUCUUCUGGCUCCUCGAGGACUGCCAGAGGCAACAGAUGUUUGUUUCUUAUUCAUUCCACUUGCAUUGUCUCCUGGGAUCCCUUCUGUAACCUAAAGUGUGGCUGGGAAAUGGACUUGAGAAGAUUGGCUUGAAUUCGAUCAUAAUCAUGUGUGGUCCCAUCAUGAGUUCAUUGGAAUUUGUGUUGCAUGUAAGGCAAUCUUUCCUGUUGUAAAUCUCCUUUUUUUAUGUACAUAUAUUUUGAAAAAUAUGAAUAAACAUGAAAUUUUAAAAGCU